CAGCAGGAGUGUAGUAGUAUCUCCGCCUGCCGCGCUGCGCCGCGCUCCGUCUGCUCGCACGGUGCCACCGUGAGAGAGGUGACACACUGCUGCUGCUGCUGCGCGUCAGGAGGGAUAUACCCGCCACCACCCUUUACGGUCAACGCGACAUCCCUCUCCGGGCAAUGACAUUGGCAGAUUGAAGUGGGAAUACAAGAUCACAACAGCAAAAAUGACGGUGGACUUUGAAGAAUGUAUAAAAGAUUCGCCCAGAUUCAGGGCUGGGAUCGAUGAUGUGGAGUCAGACGUGGUGGAAAUCGAGGCAAAGCUGGACAAGCUGGUGAAGUUGUGCAGCGGCAUGAUCGAGGCCGGCAGGACCUACGUCAGCGCCAAUAAGCUCUUUGUGAAUGGCAUUCGGGAUCUGUCCCACCAGUGCAAGAAGGAGGAGACGAUAUCGGAAUGCCUGGAAAAGUGUGGAGAAAGCCUCCAGGAGAUCGUCAACUAUCAAACGAUUUUGUUCGACCAGGCUCAGCGGUCGAUCAAACAGCAGCUUCAUACCUUCAUUAAGGAGGACAUACGUAAGUUCAAGGACACGAAGAAGCAGUUUGAUCGGGUGCGUGAGGACAUGGAGCUGGCUCAGGUGAAGAACGCCCAGGCGCCCAGGAACAAGGUGCAUGAGGCAGAGGAAGCAGCACAGGCGCUCGUCCUCAGCCGCAAAGCCUUCAGGCACCUGGCCCUGGACUAUGUGUUGCAGAUUAAUGUCCUUCAGGCUAAGAAGAAGUUUGAAAUCCUUGAUGCUAUGCUCUCCUUCAUGCGAGCCCAGUAUACUUUGUUCCAACAAGGCUUCAACAUCUUAGAUGAGAUUGACCCCUACAUGAAGAAGCUGGCUGCACAGUUGGAUCAGCUGGUGAUCGACUCUGCCAUGGAGAAGAGGGAGCUGGAGCACAAACACGCUCUCAUCCAGCAGAGAACUCUGAUGCAGGAUUUUUCUUAUGAUGAUCCCAAGUUGGAAUUCAACGUGGAUGCCCCCAAUGGGGUCGUCAUGGAGGGUUACCUGUUCAAGAGAGCCAGCAACGCUUUCAAGACCUGGAACAGACGGUGGUUUUCAAUCCAAAACAGCCAGUUGGUCUACCAAAAGAAAGUUAAGGAUUCCUUGACGGUGGUGGUUGAGGAUCUGAGGCUGUGCUCAGUCAAACCAUGUGAGGACAACGAGAGGAGGUUCUGCUUUGAGGUGGUUUCACCCACAAAGAGCUGCAUGCUCCAAGCAGAGUCUGAGAAGCUGCGGCAGGCUUGGAUCCAGGCGGUCCAGGCAAGCAUCGCCUCUGCUUACAAAGACAUCGGUGACAACUAUUACAUUGAGCGUCUGGACCGGACGGCUUCGCCCUCCACCAGCAGCAUCGACUCUACCAGCGAGCCCCGGGACAGGGGGGAGAGGGUGGACAAGGCGUGCCGUGGAGGGGGAGACAGCCUCCUGCAGCGCGUGCAGAGCUUGCCAGGCAACGAGCUGUGCAGCGACUGCGGCCAGACGGCCCCGUGCUGGGCCUCCAUCAACCUGGGUGUGCUGCUCUGCAUCGAGUGCUCCGGGAUCCAUAGGAGUUUAGGUGUCCAUUUUUCAAAAGUGCGCUCGCUGACAUUGGACUCAUGGGAGCCAGAAUUACUCAAGCUGAUGUGUGAGCUGGGGAACACUGUGAUCAACAACAUUUACGAGGGGGCCUGCGAGGAGCUGGGAGCAAAAAAACCAGGACCGUCCAGUUCGAGGCAGGAGAAAGAGGCCUGGAUCAAGUUUAAAUAUGUCGAGAAACGCUUUCUGAAGAAACUGAGUGGAAGUGAGGCCCUGGCGGAGGGGGAGAGGAAGUCCCGCCCGUGGAUGGUGAAGAAAUGCCAGCGGCACAGCAGUUCUGUACGGGCCCCCAACAAGGUCCGCAGGAAGUACCACCGCUACGAUCCUGGCAGCACAUCCCCUGCCAACCUCACAGCGGCAGCUGCAGCAAAAUUUCGACGGGACUCCCUGUUCUGUCCAGAUGAGCUGGACUCGCUGUUUUCAUACUUUGACACUGGCUCUGGGCCUCGCAGUCUCAGCAGUGACAGCGGCCUGGGAGGAAGUACUGACGGCAGCACAGACAUCCUUGUGUUCGGCAGUGUAACGGAGGAAGAAGAGGAGUCAGAGGAGUCUUCCAGUGGGGAGGUGGAGAUCGAACAGGAAGGGUCUUCGGAUCCUGAGGAUCCCAGGGAGUUGCAUCCAGGGGCAAUGCUCUACCGUUCCUCCCGUCUCCACAAUUUGUCGCUCAUGGCGGAGGCACUGGCUCACGGUGCUGAUGUCCACGCCACCAAUGAAGAGGAGGAGGGAAAAACGCCUCUCAUACAAGCUGUGAUCGGGGGCUCGUUAAUUGCUUGCGAGUUCUUGCUACAGAACGGAGCUGAUGUGAACCAGCGAGAUAUGAGAGGCAGGGGCCCGCUCCACCAUGCUACCUACAUGGGCCACACUGGUCAGGUGUGUUUGUUUCUCAAGAGAGGAGCGUCACAGACGGAAGUGGACGAGCAGGGUAACGAUCCCCUCAGCAUUGCUGUCCAGGCCGCCAACGCUGACAUCGUCACUCUGUUGCGACUGGCGCGGAUGAACGAGGAGAUGCGCGAGGCGGAGGCUCCGCUGGGUCAACCAGGUCAAUACCCGAGCAGCAGCCCCACUGAGCAGCAGUAUAGGAAAUGCAUCCAGGAAUUCAUCUGCCUCAACAUAGAGGAGAGCUAGUGGCCCCUUCUUUACCCGGGAGCUUUACUUGCGCUCUGCUCAUAAACUGUUUUUUGUUUUUUUUUUUUAGUCCAGAAUUAGAGCCCAAUUGGGUUGAAGUUGCCCCUAGAUGCUGAUCUCAAUUCCUUUGUGGAUCUAGAUCCUACUGGCAACUUCUUGCAAACAGGGGGUCUUAGGAGGUGACUGAGAGGGAGACCCCUGAUGGAGCUAACUAACCACAUACUCGCCACCUCCAUUUUCCUGCAUCACCGCUGAGUCUCUGCUUGUUUCUUCUAGCCACCACUCAUGCUGUUGCUGACUACGCGACACACUAAAACUAACAUCAGCUUUUUGGCAUUCUACUAAUACAAUAAAUCAUCUAAGUUCACCGAUUGCCUGUGUAAUCGGCAGCCCGCGCGCUUUGGGUUGAUUUCUGCCUCCUACAUCCGAAGGAUCUCUCCGCGUUAACCCUCCACAUUCUCUAGCUAUGCGGCGUACCUCUGUUACAUCCCAUUCGUCCAUCUCUUUUGUACCAGAGAUCUAACUAUAACCGUAUUUAGAGCACUAGAAACUGUGUACUGUGGCAUGAGGUUACAAAAUGGUAUCUGUUAACUUACUAAAAAGAAAAAUAGCAUCUGAGAAGCUACAUUGGAGGCACCAGGGUAGUUUACUGUGACAAAAAAAAAAUAUUGUGAGGGGCUUGUGGAGAAGAGUCCUUUGCCUGCUGUGUAAGAUACUUUGUGAUGUGACGAGCGAGUGAACAGGAGAGCAAGAGUUAAAUGUGGUGUUUUUGCAUUAUCUAAAGGAGGAAAAAAAAGAAACUGUGCACUUUUCCCAUGAUACAGUGUUAUUAUUUCUGAUUGUUUUGCAUUGUUCAUGUCUAGAUUAUGUCUAUAUGAGUGUUGUUUUAUUUAUCAUACCAGAGGACCAGUGCAAUUCAUCCUUGAAUGCAGUUCCUGUCUGCAUACAUAUGUUAAUGAUUGUCCUUUUUAAUCCCAAAGCUUGGAAUUUAUGGGAGAAGACGGGGGACAGCCUUAAGUUACAUUGAAUAAACUUAUUGGUUUCUCAGACACAAUGUGUUUUUUGGUAAAUUGCUCAAGCUUUUGAAUUAAAAUCCAGUUUUAACUGAGUAAACUAUGAAACUGCAGCCAUAGGCUGGCUGCCGACUUGAGGUUGCAUGAGCCAACAAACCAGAGGAGGAAGCUUGCAGUGCACUUACACAGCGCCGUGCGAAACAUUUAUACUCCUCCACCUUUUUCCCCAUUCUGUCAUCUUACAACAAACUUCAGUGUCCUUUAUUGGGAUUUAAUGUCCGAUGGACCCAAAUUAAACCUGGUGUGUAUUUGGAAAUGGAAGGAAAAUAAAAGAUGCAAUGUUUUACCUUUUUUGUCACAAAUAAAAAUCUUAAAGGUGUGGCAUGCAGUUGUAUUCAGCUCCCAUGCAACAAGUCUUUUGUUUUCUGUCUGUCUCAAGCUUAGCCUGGCCAGCCAGACUAACCUUUGCCUCUCUUCGAUACGGCUGAAGGUAGUCUGGCGCUGCUCCCGUAGAGGGCUUUCUCUGGGGCCAGGUUAACAGGCGCAGAGUAAACCAAUCAGAGAGACUGCGGACGUGACGUAAAAAAGGCAUAAUCAGACUUCUGCUGUCAACAUUUUACAGUAUAAUUCAACAUGGCGAGCCACGGUCGAGUGGAGACUAGACUGCGUGAUUCUUUUUAAAACAGAAGAAAGAGCACUAGCAAACGCUCCGUGGCGGCGGCCAUCUUGUUUGUUUUUGGAUGAGGGAUUCUUGUGCGCUGCACAUCACUCAACAUUUAAAGCCCGCCCACGCCUGUGAUUGGUCGAUAUCAGGAAAGAGAUAUCCUUUCCUGGGAUAUUCCUGGGAUACGGGAGCAGUUCCAGACUCAGUUCUCUGUAUAGCAAAGCGAAAACUGAGUCUGGCUGGCCAGGCUUUCUCAAGCAUCCGUUUUCAAGUCCUGCCACAGAUUCCCAGUCAGAUUUAGAUAUGGACUUUUAUCAUUCUAACACAGGAAUAUGCUUUGAUCUAAAACUUUACAUUGUUGCUCUGGCUACAUGUUUAAGGUCGUUGUCAUGCUAGAAGGUGAACGCCGGCCAGUUUCAAGUCUUUGCAGCCUCGAACAGAUCCUCUAAGGUCACCCUAUGUUUAGCUCUUUCCAUCUUCCUGUCAACUGUGACCAGCUUCCAGUUCCCUGCCGAAAAAGGGUAUCCCCUGCAGCGUGAUGCUGCAACAGCCAUGCUUCACAGUGGAAUUGGUGCAUUCAGAAUUAUGUUUAGUGUUGUUGUUCCACCACACAUUGCGUUGUGCAUGUCAGGCAACAGUUCAUCUGGGCAGAGCACCAUCCUACACUAUUUAACAAGAGGACUUUUUAUAGAUUUAAAAUUUCUUCUUGCCAACUAAUAGUUUUCCUAUCAGCUUCUCCAACCUGAGCGGUGGAUCGCUGCUGCUCCCCCAGAGUUGGUAUGAGACUUUCGACUACUUCUCUGACGAUUGUUCUCCUUGCCUGAUCUGCCCACAGCUUUAUCCCCGUUCCAUGUUCUCGGGUUUCCAUAAUGUCGUUUGUUUAAUGAUAUUCUUUGAGGCUUUCAAAGAACAGCUCAGUAUUAAUACUGAGAAUUAUUUACUCUAAUGAAGGAAAUUAUUUAAACCGCAUUUCAUUCAGGGGUAUCGGCGUAAAAGGGGGCUGAAUACAAAAAUACACCACACCUUUCUGAUUUUAAUUUGCAACAAAGUAAGAUAGAAUCGUAUAUUAUUUUCCUUUACACUGCACAGUUAGGUACCAAUUUGUGUUAGUUUGUCUCAAGCAUUACCAGUAAAAAAAAAAAUGAAUACUGUUGUAAGGCACCUGCAUCUUCGCUUACAUCUCCAUUUCACCUUCUUCUGUUUACAAGCAUGUACUGAAGACGAGUGACUCGUGACGCUGUAUAUGAAAAGACCUCCAGUCUCUUGUAAAUAAUCUUGUAUAUUAACCUGUGUGUGGGGAGAUAACGGAGUACCUUGUGUGGUCAAAGGAUAAAUGUGCCUGGCUUCCCUCCCUGGUCAGUACUUAUGAUAUUCUAUGUAUGCUUUGCCAGAAUUGCUGUUUGGGGAGCUCAGCAUCGUUUGCAUUCUAGAGCAUGAUGAACUAAUUUUGAUCACUUUGUUCAGUGGAGCGAGCAUGUACCACCGUGAGAGCCCUCUGGUUUCUGGUGUCCUCUCUGCACAUCUGUGCCAUUCUUCCACCCACAGCUUUAUGUCUGUGACUUCUGAAUCUCUGUAUCACAGUCCUUUCUUUUUCUGUUAUUUUUUUUUUUAAACACUUGUGGGUUUUAUUUUUCCUCUGCCAAAGACUUUUAUAAAGGGAGCGUGUAGAUACAGAGUAGUCCUGCCAUCCUCUGUGAACUGACCAGAGAGGUAGAAACACUGUCGGUGACCUAGGGCGAGGUUCCAGAGGUGUCCUGAUAGAUGCAAUAGUUCAGCAUACUGCGAGCAGAACCGGGCUAAAGGGGCGAUGUCAACCUACUGUGACCAAAACUGUCAAGGGCCGCCGCCUUCGAGGAAGUAUUAAAUGUUGUGUCCAUUUGUGUGUUUCGACUUAAGAGUGGUUCACGGUGCUGUUCAAAGGAAACGUCCUGUAAAUAGUUUGCGUGUGUAUUUUAUCUCGAUGCCAGCCGGCUGCCUCUCAGCAUUCUGCCACAGAAUCUGAUCAACUGAUGAUGUUUUUUCGUUUGUCUUUGUCAGACAAAUUCGCCCCAAAAGUACUUGGGGGGCAUUCUUCUGGUUCCUUACAUUUGAAUAUUUUAGGAAUACUUUUGUGUCUUUAGAAGCACUAAGGGAGGGGGGAGGGGACAAUGCAACAAAUAAACCUGAAAUCCCUGAAAAACUAA